AUGCGUGACAGUGGUGAUCGAUUUCGGCGCGAAAGGGUUUCCCCGACAAGCCCGAGGCUAAUUUUAAGGAGAGUGAUGGUGUUAGCCGAAGGGCGGCAAUUUAGGGAAGCCGCUGCUGUGCUACAAAAAUUAGGUCCGAACACGAUAGCUGCCGUCGCCGGUGAAUUACCUUUGGAUUUACUUGUUGAAGGGCUGCCGCAUUCUGCGCAACUUUUGGAAACUUUAUUCAAUAAAUUGAUAGUUUCGGGACAACGGCCUAACAUUAAUGCAGAUCAAGUCAUUUGGCAGCUCGUACGACUCUUGGCUUCACACGAUGACCCGACACUCAAAACUAAGGUAGCAAAGUUGGCAAAGGCUCUUCUGGAAUAUCAACCGAACUUCCACAUGGAGAUUUUAUCACGAAAAAAGGCAUUAGAACAAGCACUACAAGGUUUGGGUUGUCAUGGACUAACACCAAACGUAUCUGGUCUAACUCAUCUUCACGCAGCUCUUAAAACGGAACUACAACUUCAUAUAGACGUCUACAAAAGUGCUCUACACCGAUUAGAUGAACUGCAUUUGAUCUCAGUUGAUAACAAGAAACCUGUAGACGCCUCGCAUCAGCGCCUCUUAUCGUUAAAGUUGAAAGAAGUUCAACAACGAUUGAUUGAUAAUAAAACUUUAUUGACCAUUCUCGAUAAACCAGCGUUGAAGCAGCUGGAAGUUUUAGUUGGGACUCUCAGCGAUAGAGUGCAGAACGAUAAAGAAGCUCUAUUUUGCGUGUCUCAGCUUAAAAGGCUACAGCCUGUACCUGAAGACAUACCUGUCGCCACAGUAUUAAUGUCUUUCUCAAGAGGAUGUGGAGCUUUGUUGGAUUUGAUGCAAAUACCUCACAGUCCCUGUCACAGUGACACCGGAUAUCAUUCGGAAACUGAGAAUGAACAAGAUAUAGGGAAAGACGUAAUUAGCAAAUAUGAGUCACUUUACCGUCAAUAUAGACCUAGAGCCCUUGAAGCGCUCAACUCGAUGCCUGAUUUGAUGCAUGCAACACAACUUAAGUCGAAAAUAUUAUUUUCCGUCGUUGUGUUGGCUUUUAGGACCUGCAAAACCCUCAGAGAACACAAACUCCUACAGACUUAUCGUACUCUUAACCUCGAUCCGCAUUCAACUAAAUUUCUAUCACUUCGUCUCGAGGUGAUGCGUUGUUUAGCGGCUUCCGCAGAGAGUUAUCCUCUUCAAGAAGCCGAGAAUCAAGUAUUAGGUUUGGUUUGCGAAACUUUGAAAGAAUAUAAAUGUUUAGAGGAAUGCCAAGAGUUGAGAAGAUACGCAGAAGAAGCUACUAAAAUAGCUUGGCAACUGGUAUGCCAAGUACCUCCUUACGAAUUAGACACAGAUUUUCAAACGCCAGUAAGGUUGCAUCCAGAAAAGCAUCAACGUCAUCAUACAUCAUCAAGAAGCAGUGACAUCGUUAGAGGUUUCUUGUGGCCAGCAUUAAUGUCGGAGUCGAAUUAUGUUUAUAAAGCAGUCGUCGUUACUGACGGCACUUGA